AUGGAAUCCGGUUCAGGAAUCGACCACUUCCAAGAACCGGUCCAUGGGCACGAGGACUCCAACGCCGCCAAUGGGGCCCCGAGCGCUGUGGCAGCCGAAGGCGGCGGCGCCGAUGCCUCCUCGCCGUCACCUCUCCCUGCAGCCCCCGUCGACCGUCCCCAAGAAAGUGCCCGUGAGCAGGCCGGAGGCGGAGGCCGCGGCACCCAUGGAUCGGGCUCCGCCGCGGCGGGGGCCAACCUGAAGGCCAAGGGCCCCGGCGACAUUCCUCCCGGUCCAAGCUCCCCCGACCGCGCCGGGCCAUCCGGGGCCGGGACGUCGAGCCCCGAGUCCCUCGACUCCAAGGAACUGUUCGAAGUCUUCGCACAGUUGGUACGAGAUGCCGGGGCCGAGAAGAAGAGGUGGACGAACAAGACACCGGACGAGGAACAGGUGAAAUCGGCGCGCCCCAAGAAGAAGGGGCUCUGGAGCAAGCUUAAGAACCUCUUCACCCGCAGGAAAAAGAUUGUAGAUAGAGAAGGAAGGCAAAUAUAUUCGGAACGUGUGGGUCGCCAGAUUGUAGAUAGAGGAGCGAGGCUAAUAUAUCUGCAACAUGUGGGUCGCCAGACACUUCCUAUCACUGAAGUUGGUAAUCGUUAUCGUGCUACCGAAGAUAUGCCUAUUUGUGUGGAUCUUGAUGCCUAUUCCAGAAUUAGACCGGUGCUUGGAGAUGGAGAGUGUUUCUACCGGAGCUUCAUAUUUUCCUACCUUGAGCAAGUUCUUGAUAGGGAGGACACAGAUGAGGAACACCGUCUCCUUGCUACCGUUGAAAGACUGUCUACGGAACAUGCAAAUCUUGGAUGGGACUCUGAGUUUUGCAGGAGCCACGAAGAGAUGCACAACUGCUUAACAGUAGUGGCAUGCCAUCACAGUUUUACACACUGUUGGCAUAAACUCAAAUUCGAAGUUUACUGUAAAGUUAACAACCGAAUUCUAACAGCAAUGAAACCUUAAGAGAAAUCU